AUUGGUGUGGCGAUGUUGGUGACUCUUUAUUAAUUAACACGCGUCAAAAUAAACUUGAGCACUUGAUCACCACUUCUGUACACAUUUUUGGUACGCGCAAAGUUGAACAUUGCACGCUGGUGUUUUUUUCACUAUUUUUGAUGCAGAUGUUAGCAUGUCGGGCAAGACUGCCUAAAGACGUGUGUGACCGUCUUAAUGACAGUGACAGCAGUCCUUUUGACAUUUUGGCGUCUGAAGUUUUUUGGUUAUCUGAAAAUAGUGAAUUUUUGCCUAAAAAGUCCAUAUUUACCGAGGGGGGAUAUACUAUUACGACUUAAACCCAUAUGAGUUUUAAUUUUGAACCAAAUUACACUUUUUUUUCGGUUUCAGGUUUCACGAGAUCUUAAUACUGAAAUGGAUAAUUUUCAGUAUUUUCAUAUUUUCACAAGAUCUAGCUGAUUUCAGAAGGUAUUCCAGACAAUAUUUGGGUAUUCCAAAAGUUUCGGUCGGAAUAUUUUAUUGAGAACUAUGAACUGUACAAACAAUAGUGAGGCAAUUAUAUGUAAUCAAGGUGAUGAAAGUACAUUCAUUAAUAAAAUAUUAGUUGAAAUGAAAAGUCAAUUCAACCAGCCUGAUAUUAAAGUAGAACCUCAAGAAGUGAAGAACGAAAAUGUUGAUGGGAAAACUAGUAAUUCAAUAAGUGAAGAAACAACAGAACAUUCUGAAUCAUGUACAAAAGAAAUCUUAUCUAGUGUAACAAAUGAUCAGACUACUGACAUAUUAUGUAAAAAAGAGGUUGAUGUGAGUGACUCAUUCAAAAAACCAAAUGGCGAACUACCAAGCAUGCCCCCAACAAUAUCCCCUAAUAGAAGAUCUUUAAGGAACAAACCUACUGAUGAUAAAAUAUCUCCACCCAAGAGAUCAUCUCGACGUAGAAGCAAAGAUUCCAGUGAGUCUGUACUUCAAAAUGCAAUAGCAAGGAAGGAAAAAUCUUACAAUGAAGCUAGCAAGCCUCAGAGACUGACAAGACAGUUGAAACCAACACAGAAAAUUUUGGAAAAUUUGGCAUUAGCCAAGGAAGACAGAAAUAAGUUGCUCAAAUCACCUAAAGCUGAUAAAGCUAACUGCAAUAACAUAAGUAAUGGUGAUGAAGUAUUUGUAAAUGAUAGUCCUAGUAAAAGAGGUAGAAGACAGGUUAGGAGUCCUAAGAAACCUAAAAGACUUAAGAUGAGUUAUGGAAGUGAUAGUGAACCUGAGUCUAAUGGAAGUAUAUCUGAUAAUAGUGAAUCCACUACAAGUACUAGAAGAUCACAAAGAAUUUCAAGUCGAAAUAGGGAAGACCCUUCUAACAACUCUAGUCCAGUCAGUGGGGAUCAGGCCCAAAAUUUUCCUGAUGAUCCUGAAUGCUCUAUAGAAGUACAACUGUCAAAGGCACAUACUUGUUUUUGUACACACAGAACUAACUUAUUUUCUAUGAAUAAUGGUGAAACUGUUUACUGUAAUGCAGUUGAUAGCAUAGGAAACAGAUUGAUAGGAUGCACCAGAGUAGUGAAUGUAGAGGAGACAGCAUUGCUGAGGCCUUCUCAAAGAAUCCCUUACACCCUGCUUUGUUCUUUCCACAGAAAUAGACUUUUACGACACAACUGUUGCCCCACUUGUGGUAUAUUUUGUACUCAGGGAGUUUUCAUGGAAUGCGAGUCUAAACACCAGUAUCAUAAAGCAUGUCAAUCUGUGCUUGGAGAUCUAUCAGGUUGUCCUCAUUGUGGUAUAAUUAAAAGCAAUGAAGUUUUUAUCAAAAUGCACUGCUCUUCAAAGCCAAUAUUCCUUCCUACACAGAAUUCGGAUCAUCCACCUGCUAAAAUGAGCUUUUCUUCUGGAAAUGACGAUUCAUCUUGCUCUACACCUUUGCUUGUACCAAUAGACACAUUCCAAACUUUUAAUACUGCACAAAUUGAUAAUCAAGACUUCACUGCUGAUGAUUUACUUGAAGCCAUUGAUUCUAAUGAUGUUAAUAAACUAGCUGCUAUAAUAGUUCCUUUUUUUUGUUUGAAUUUUACAGCCCUGGAUUCCAUAGACCUAAACUUUAAAAUUGCUGAGUUUAAUGAUGGAACUCUGAUGCACUACUCAGCAAGUAAAGGGCACUUAGGAAUAUGCCAUUUACUGAUUUCAGCAGGGUUAGAGAUUGAUGAAUUUGACAAAGACCAAAAUACUCCUCUAAUGUUGGCUAUCAGUGAAGGUAGAGAUGAUGUUGUACAAUUUCUCAUCAAAUCAGGAGCUGAUAUUGCGGUUAAGGGUACCGACGGCAUAUCGCCUCUCCACGUAGCCUCCAAACAGGGCAAUCUACGCGCCUGCCGCCUCCUAGUCGAAAGUGGCUCCAUAGUGGACCGACGUGAUGACGGCGGUUGGACGGCGUUGACGUGGGCGUGCGAACACGGUCACCGAAGCACCGCCUCCUAUUUGUUGGGAGCGGGCGCCGAUGCGAGAGCGCGUGACGUCGAACACAAUGAACCACUGCAUUGGGCGGCGUUUAGCGGAAGGGAGGAUGUCGUGGGCCUGCUAUUGGAUGCCGGGGGUGAUGUGAAUACCGUCAAUGCGCAUGGAGAAACGCCAUUACAUAUAGCAGCUAGAGAAGAUCGAUACAACUGUACCAUUGUACUGUUAGCAAGAGGGGCCAGCGUUACUGCCCUGAGUAAAAAUAAUGAAUCUCCUUUAGACUGUGUUCCUGUUGGUGGUGACUGUUGUGGUCCAAUCGCGCUUAAUGCUAAGCUGCAAGCCAUUAUUGGAUCUGGCAAGAGACAUAAAACAUUGCUGUGCAGUGAUAUAUCCCGAGGAAGAGAGAUGAAUCCUAUUCAGUGUAUCAACACAGUUGAUAAUGAAUCCGAGCCAAGAGACUAUAUUUAUAUAACGAAAAAUUGUACAACUUCUAAUCAUGUUCAAAUAGAUAAGAAACUCACUACCUUACAUUCGUGUAGUUGUGAAGAUCGUUGUACCUCGGAAGAAUGCGAAUGUGGAAAAUUGUCUGCCAAGUGUUGGUAUACGGAAGAUGGCAGAUUGCAACCAGAUUACAACUUUUCAGAUCCGCCAAUGGUGUUCGAAUGCAACGAAACAUGCGCAUGCAAUGCCAUAACAUGCAAAAACAGGUUAGUACAAAAGGGCAUCCAGCAACGUUUCCAGCUGUAUAAGACUGAGUAUAAAGGCUGGGGUGUCAAAACGUUGAGGUUCAUUCCGAAGGGUAGUUACGUCUGUGAAUAUAUAGGAGAGAUACUGACUGAUGUCGAAGCCAAUAGUAGGGAUGAGGAUGAUUUCCUAUUUGAUCUCGAUAACAAGGAUGUUGAUUCUUACUGUGUAGAUGCGAAGCGCUAUGGAAAUUUUGCGAGAUUCAUAAAUCACUCAUGUACACCGAAUUUGCAUCCUGUCAAAGUAUUUAUCGACCAUCAAGAUCUGAGGUUUCCUAGGAUAGCUUUUUUUGCCCUAAAGGAUAUCGCCGCUGAGGAGGAGCUAAGUUUUGACUAUGGACACAAGUUCUGGUUGGUAAAGUACAAAUCAUUUACAUGUCAGUGUGGAGUAAAGGAAUGUAAAUAUUCUGAUGAAACAAUUGGUGAAGCACUAUUAAAUUAUAGGAGGUUUAUGGGAGACGACGAAUCAUCACAGUAGCAACAUUAAGCAAUAUUGAGGUGUAUGUGGAAACGUUUAGGAAUUUUCUUCAAAUGAAUAACAGUAUUAACGGUUUUUAUACUUCACGUUAUUUUCAUAUUUUUACGGUCUGCGCUUUUGUGUGCAAUAUUGGUAUGUCGAGUAUUGCUUGGAAAAUAAUUGUUUUUUCCAUACACAAUAAGUUUCGUUACCUUGUACUUCAAAAUCCCUAUUUGUACUUUGUGGACUGAUUUUGUUUAUGUAACUUUAUUGUGAAUGUUUUUGUUAUUUAGAUUUUUUCAAGCUAAACCUAAGUUUAGCUUUAUCUCAUGUUAUUGUUUGACCGUUAUAUUUGUUUUGGAAAUAUAUCACAUUUACAUGUUCAUGUUUUUCGAACCAUAAAUACUUACUGAGCAGGCGGAAGCAAUAAUAGUACGUAAUGGGUUCCCUGUUUUGGGGAAAUUAAAUCAAGUGGUAACCACGCGGUGAUCGACCGAAAUCAAUAACUCGUUUUGGUAAGGGUUAUUCUUACUUAAAUGGCGGCUAAUAAUCUCACGUUGUUAAUAAAAAAUGGAUGCGAGUUUACUUAUUGAAAAGGAAGAGGAAUAUAGACAAAUUAAUAUUGUGCUGUAUUUCUUUUUUAACUUGUUUUAUUAAUACACCAACCUGUAUACAUUACUCGUUAUAGCAUAAUAGUCACUUAUACAGAAAUAAAUUCAUUAGACUCCCUUCAAUAAAAAAUUAAUUGAAAAAAACUGGAACUAUGAAGGACAAAA